ACACGAUUUUUGAAGUUCGUACAUUUUCCCUCCUUUCCGAGUCACAACUCGCUACCGAGUCAACUCAGAAACCCAGCUAGGGUUUUUUUCCCCUUUCCAAAUCGAAUCCUGCUACCCUCUCAGCUCAGUUUUUCCUACUGCACCAUCGUCUUUAGUGUUGUUGGAGAAUGGAACAAAAAUCGUGCGAGGAAUCUGCGAGAAGCGUUUCGGACUUGAAGUGUGCGAAGAAUCUCAACGAAUCCGAUGAAUCAAUUGCAUGCCCUACACCAAAUAAGACGAAUGAGCCCUUACCUUCCAAAUCCAAAGAGCAACAAACUCAGCUCCCAGAAAAAUACAGAGCCGUAGCUGAUUUGUUUGGCCAUAUGAGCUGCUCACUUAGAUUUCUGCAUCUGCGUAAAAAGUCUCCAACUUUUCAAAAUAUUUGUGCCCAAGUUGAAAUUCUGGCGCAGAGGAAAUUCUCAUAUGCCCAUCUUGCACAAAUGAAGUAUAUACUUCCUGAGGGCAUACAUAUAGAUAAGGUCCUUGUUCAUGAUAAGAAGAGCUUGUGUAUGAAGUCAGACAUGAAGAUCACCUUGGUAUUUGAUUUUUUGGAAGAGGAAUCUAAUGAAUCUGCUGAUAUGGCUCUUCGACAAUAUUUUAGUUCUAGGCUUAUUAAUUUCUCCAAUAUGCAUCCCGAGGCUGCUGAUAUUCCAGAGGCUGUUCUGCCAGAGCCCUUUGGCCAAAGACCAUGUGGCGUGAUUGAUGUAGAUUUGCCUGUAAAUUCUUCCAAAGCUUUUUCGUCAACUUCCAAUCAAAUUGAAUUGUUGCCUGGGAAGUUCCAUCUAUGUCCAUCCUUUAGCCGACACUUUUCUCAAAAGGAUGUUGCUAGCCAAACCGAAAAGCUCCAGUGUUUUUCAACAACUAAAGCUUCCUUGUCAUCCUGUGCAUCUGGUUGCCAGGAUAACCAAGAAAGCAAAUAUGCACCACCAUCUGAUUGUGCAACUAAUAUGAAAACUGGAGGACAGGGGAAGGAAUCUCUCUCUCACUUUCAACCUAAUAUUGCUAAUACACCAGUGCAUACUGUCUGUCCUCCACAUGAUGUUUGUGAUAGUAGUUUUGGGAGCCCUGAUAUCAAAAUUUCCUCUUCCUCAAAUAGUUUGAUGACGGAGACACCUGCACAAUCAGCACCUGGGAGAUUGAUUCCCAUUUCUGAUGCCAAGCGUCAUAACAUGGAUACCCGAAAGUCAGCAUCAUGUCGCAAACCAGCAAAAAGAGUGCUUGACUUUCCACUCAUGGAAGGAAAUGAUGGUUUUGACAUCAAAGUAGACAACUUAGAACCUACCGGAGGUUCACACAAAUACGAUAGCAUCCUCGAAUCUAGUAUUGCAUGUGCUGAGGAUUGGAAUGUACUGCCCCAGCAGGUAGAAGAGAGGUCUGGUCACUCUCGUGAGGAUACCAACCAAAUUCAAGGUGGUUUAGAUACAAGGGAUCAAAAAUCAUCUUCGUUGCUUGAUCUGGUCAAUGUGAUUCACUCUAUAUUUCAUUCUGUCAGAGGAGCUUCAAUCACGAAAGAGGAGUUUUUGCAAAAGAUACUUAUGAACAGUUUGGAUGUUGUUGAGAUUAGUGAAGUUGAAGAACAAAUCAAUUUUCUUGAAAAGUUGGUGCCAGACUGGAUCUGCAGGAAGUUGCUUCCAAGUGGAGAUGAUAUCUACAGCAUCAAGAAAGUGUCAGAUUUGGACUCAGUUCGAUCUAGGCUUCUUGCCAACGUGACUCGGAGCUGAAUAAAGGGUAUUGUUGGAUUGGCCCGGGUGAUAAGCAGUGAUUGGAAAAACUUGCUUUGUUGUUUUGUAAAUGUUUCUUGAUAGUUGCGUUGCCUAAUAUGAUAAUUAGAGGUUGGAUUUGUACCAAGUCGUUGGUUUCUGGCAAAGUCCCAUCUCAGUUUUCUAUUUUUUAGUUGCGGCGUUGGGGAGAACAAAGUGGUUAUGAAAAGGAUGAGAAGUUCUGAGCAUGCUUAUAGGGAGGCCCAGAAUUCGAAGACAAGACUUGAAGACGACUGGCUACAUUGAAAGGAGCCUUUGCUGCCAAGCCUUAAUUUGUUAGUUUUUUUUUUUUUAAAAAAACCAAAGAUAGGGUGACUUGAACCCUGAUCUCAUGGAUGAGUAUGGAGAGACUAUAUCAUUUGAGCUAUAACUAAUUGGCCUUAAUUUGUUUGUUUGGUUUGCACUAUUAACAUAAACUAAAUCAUAAGCAUUGCUAGAAAUUUUAAUAUUAUAUUUUUUACUGUAGUCCGUACUUAGAAUGAAAUUAUGAGGGAAUGAAUGUAAUUGGAAUGGUGAU